AUGUCAAACCCCAUUAGUAAAGAAUGGAUGUCUGAAAGUGAUAGAGGUGGUCGGAUAUACACGAAGGGAGUUGAAGAGUUUCUUCAAUUUGCUAGUAGAAGUAUUGUUGGACAAUUGGCAACAAUACCUUGUCCAUGUGUAAAAUGUCGAAAUAAGAAGCGACAUAGCCCUGUAAAUGUUAGAAAACAUCUUGUCAGGUCUGGCAUUGACAAGUCAUAUACGUUAUGGGCUUUGCACGGCGAAAAACCUUUUACGAAUUCAAUUAAUAAUCCAAUUGUCGAAGAUGUUCGUGAAGAUAACAUCGUAGAAGAUAUCUUGGUUGGAGGGAAAGAUAUGGGAAACCUGGUAGAUGCAACUUACGGAUUGCAUGAAGAAUACGAUUUCGGGGGUGACAAUCAAACAGAAGUUUUAGAAGAACAACAUCCUGGUAGUGAGAAGUACGAUGAAUAUAAGAGAUUAUCAUCUGAGAAGUUAUACACCUCGUGUGAGGGCCCAGAGACAACACUUUCUGCCAUUGUGGAAUUGCAUAAUCUUAAAAAACAAUUUGGCUGGUCUGGCAAUAGUGUGACAGCACUUUUGGCCAUCUUGAAAAGAUGGCUUCCUAAGGACAACACCUUGCCAGAUAAGUAUCCACAAAUGAAGAGAAUGAUGAAAGAUUUGGGGAUGAAAGCCAAUUUUAUUCAUGCAUGUAUCAAUAAUUGUGUCUUAUUUUGGAAACAUAAUGAAGAUAAUGAGCAAUGCCCUCAAUGUGGUGAACCGAGAUAUACUGUAAGAGUAAAAAAUGGAGGGAGAGUUAGUAAGGAACCUUUAAAAGUAUUAAGACAUUUUCCUUUAAUUCCAAGGUUAGUUAGAUUUUACACUAUACCAUGGAUAGCACAUGAGAUGACAUGGCAUGAUCGAUCAACAUCUUCAUGGGAUUUUAUGCGACAUCCAUCUGACUCUCCACAGUGGGAAAGGUUUAAAAAUAAAUGGCCAGAAUUUUCAAACGAACGACGUAAUAUUUUCUUAGGAAUUGCAACGGAUGGGUUUAAUCCGCGUGGUAUUCAAUCAUCAAGUUACAGUUGUUGGCCAGUGAUCAUGGUGCCUUAUAAUCUUCCACCUUCAUUGUGCAUGAAACGGGAAUUCCAAAUAUUGUCGUUGUUAAUUCCUGGACCAAAAGCACCAGGUCAAGAUAUUGAUGUAUUCCUUGAACCCCUUGUAGAUGAGUUGAAACUAUUGUGGGAGAAAGGAGUUUCGGCUUUUGAUAUGCAUGAAAAACAACGUUUCACGCUAAAAGCAAUGUUGCUAUGGGGAAUUCAUGACUUUCCAGCUUAUGGGAAUUUAUCCGGAUGUAUAAAACAUGGUUACAAAGCGUGUCCCAUUUGUGGAGAUAAUACUCCAUCUAUCCACCUAAAUCAUAGUAGGAAGAUAGUUUAUACAAACUAUCGCAUGUUUCUUAACAUGGAUCACCCAUUCAGGAAGAGCGGAUAUUUGUCACUAAAGUCAACUGAAUAUAGAUGCCCUCCUUCUCAAUUGAACGGGGAUGCACUUUUGGAGAAAUUAAGUAAGGUAAAGUAUGUACCUGGGAAGACAAAAAAAAUUCAGCAAAAAAAAGAAAGAUGGGCAUUGACGAAAGUGGUGAAGCUGAAGCUGUAG